AUGCAAAUGCGAACAGUGUGUGCCAGAAGCUGCAAUUCGCUCUUCAUCAUUUCGUCGAGAAAAUCACAAGCUGGUGCCGCCAUUUCAAAGGCACCGUCUCACAGAAACUUUUCUCGGCCACCGUCGCAACUCCUCCAAUCAGACAACUCCGGUAGUACAGUCGCUGCCCACAACAGGCAAAAACACAGGCAAUAUUUGGGCAAGCUUCUACUUUCGCCGCCGGAAAAUAUUACCGAUAACGUUCGUUACUACAAAACAGUUCAUGGCCAGAUUAUUUCAUCAGGGCUCGCAUCAAACAUUUUCCUCGGUAACAUUCUUAUCACGGCGUACUCAAGGGAGGGUGAUUUACAGAGUGCAGCCUACCUGUUUGAUGGAAUGCCCGAGAGAAACUUAAUUUCCUGGUCUUCGAUGAUUUCGGGGUAUAAUCAAAAUGGUUAUAACGCAGAAGCCUUGACUUCGUUUAGGGAGUUUAGAGAAAGUGGCAAUGGCUAUCCGAAUGAAUUUAUUUUGUCUACUGUCAUUCAAUCGUGUACUCGGCUAGCUAGUACCGUAGACGGUCUGCAUUUGCAUAGUCUUGUGAUUAAAUUUGGUUGCGAUCAAAAUUCCCACGUGGGCAGUUCUCUUAUCGAUUUCUAUGCCAAAACUACUGAUUUGGACGCAGCGAGAUCUGUUUUUGACGAGUUGGGAGUGAAAAAUGUGGUGGCAUGGACUGCAAUUAUCACGGGAUUUUCGAUAAAUGGAAGAGGUGAUGUAUCGCUGAAUAUUUUUAAGGAAAUGGUGGAGUCUGAUAUUCUCCCUGAUAAGUACGCACUUUCCAAUGUGUUGAGAGCAUGUUCGACGCUUGAGCUGCUCAAAGUCGGAAAACAAGUUCAUGCUUUUGCCCUGAGAAGAACUGGUGCCCACAUGGAUGUAUCAGUGAGCAACACGCUUAUAGAUUUCUAUUCCAAGUGCGGAGAACCGGAAUCGGGGCGCAGAAUCUUCGAACAUAUGCUUGUUAAGAAUUCUGUUUCUUGGGCAACGAUGAUUUCUUGUUACAUGCAGAGUGGACUCGAUUACGAAGCGAUGAAUCUGUACAAGAGUAUGAACAGAUUAGAAUUGAAGGCAGACGGAUUUUCUUGCACGAGUGUCCUAACUUCCUGUGGUUGUGUUGGGGAUCUAAAUCUCGGUAAGCAGGUCCAUGCUUACACCGUCAAAGUCAAUUUCGAAUACGAUGACUUCGUUGCGAAUAGCUUAAUCGACAUGUAUUGUAAGUGUGAUUUCUUGACUGAUGCCAAGAAAAUAUUUCUUGCUGCUGGAAAAUAUAACACCAUGAUCUCUUACAAUACGAUGAUCGAAGGAUACUCGGGAAACGGGAAUUUGUGUGAAGCGAUUGAUCUUUUCAACCAAAUGAGGGAUAAUUUAAUCCCACCUAGUCGACUAACAUUAGUCAGCCUUCUUGGUGUGUCAUCUUCUCAAAGUACCUUUAUAUUUCACUCUCUCGUGAUAAAAUACGGGUUUUGUUCGGACAGCUACUGUGGAAGUGCCCUAAUAGAUGUUUACUCAAAGUGUUCGUUUAUGGAAAGUGCAAAACUUGUAUUUGAAGAAAUCGACGAUAAAGACAUUGUUGUCUGGAAUUCGAUGUUGUUCGGGUAUGCGCUUCUACGGUCGGAAAACGAGGAUGCUCUUAGGCUGUUCUUAGAGUUGUUACGUGUUGGGGAAAGACCAAACGGUUUCACAUUCGUUGCCGUAAUCAUGGCUUGUAGUAAUACGGCAAGUUUGUUACACGGUCUCCAAUUUCACUGCCAAACCCUAAAGACAGGCCUCGUAGAAAUCGAUCCAUUUGUCACGAAUGCAUUGAUGGAUAUGUACGCGAAAUGCGGGAUUAUAGAUGCGGCGAAUUUAUUAUUUAAUCGUGCCGUUAUAAGAGAUAUUGCGUGCUGGAAUUCAAUUAUAUCAACGCACGCGCAUAACGGAGACGCGAAUAAAGCCCUCGAAAUGUUCGAGCAAAUGAAAUCCGAGGGUGUAAUAAAACCAGAUUACGUCACGUUUGUCGGAGUUCUCUCUGCAUGUGCAAAUGGUGGUCUUGUGAGAGAAGGGUUUCGUUAUUUCGAGUCCAUGAUUGAAUUUGGAGUGGGGCCCGGCCCGGAGCACUAUGCAUGCAUGGUUUCUCUGUUGGGCCGGGCCGGUGAAUUGGAAGAAGCGAGAUCGUUUAUCGAAAAUAUGCCGUUUGAGCCGGAUGCUUUGGUGUGGAAGAGCUUGCUUAGUGCGUGUAGAGAUAAGGGCGAUGUUGAGCUGGCACGAUACGCUGCUGACAUGGCGGUUACUUGUGAUCCGAGUAACAGCGGGGCUUAUGUAUUGCUUUCGAAUAUUUUUGCGUCUAGAGGUAUGUGGAUUGAUGUGAAGAGUGUGAGGAAGACGAUGGAUGAAAACGGUGUGACGAAAGAAACGGGGUUUAGUUACGUUGGAUCGAGAUAAACGAUCGAGUUCACUCGUUUGCUGCAUCCGAAAAUAUUGAAGAUAUAUAUAGAUACAAUUUUGAGAAAAUAAUAAUCAUACAUUAGAGGG